CCGUCGCGUCAUUAACAAAAAAAUCGAAUCGAAAAAGGUUUUCCCCGUGUCCAGACAGGAGCAGCAGCCAAAAACGAUUUGUUCGAUUUAAUUUCGUCGCGCGAGAAAAUCGGUCGUGUGUUUAUUUCCCGAAACUAGUUUGGUGUCAUCACUCCUACUCCAUCAUCAUGAACGCAUUCGGUGAUAAUUUCGAACAGCAGUCGGAGGUGGAUCCGGCGGCCGAGUUUUUGGCCCGCGAACAGAACGCCCUCGCUGGACUGGAGGAUGAAAUUCCCCCCGUGGCCGCUGGAGCGGGAGCCUCCGCCAAUGGUUCCGUCAAUGGCGAUCCCGUGCCGAAAGCAGAAUCGACAGGACUCGAAAACGAGCUAAACGGAAGCUUUGAAAUGAUCAGUAAUGCCGAUGCGCAAGAUCCGCCCACCACUACUACUGGCGAUAAUAAUCUCAACACAGAAGAUGAUAAUGAUGAUUUUGCAGGCUUUACAGUGCCGAAGCAAGUGACGGAGGAACCGGAAAAGAUACGCAAAUGGCGCGAAGAUCAGAAGGCUCGUCUGGAGGAAAAGGACCGCGAGGAGGAACGCAAAAAGGACGAACUGCGCGAACAGGCCCGCAAGGAGCUGGAGGACUGGUACAAGCAUCACGAGGAAACCAUUUCCAAGACAAAGUCAGCCAACAGGGAAUCGGCCAAAAAUGCCGAAAAGCAGUUUGUGGCUGAGACGGACGAAAUCGAACCGGGCACCGAAUGGGAGCGGAUCGCCAAACUGUGCGACUUCAACCCGAAGACGAACAAAUCGAACAAAGACAUCUCGCGUAUGCGUUCCAUCAUUUUGCAGCUCAAACAGAACCCACUCCAGGCUACGAAGAAGGUUUAAGGCGUACGGGCAGAGGUACGCUUUUACAAGCUUCUAGCAUUCGUUUUGGGGGGUUUAGAAAAGCAUAUACGCAGACAGAUCAAGGGCGAAUGGAAGUGAAGGAUGUGGGGAAUGGGACGAAUGGAUAGAAAGUUCAGGAGGUUAAAGCAAAUGAACCUUAAAGCGUUAUUGAGAUAAUAUAAAUAUUAACUAUAGUUAAUACAGUGCAACACUCGGCCAUUGCACGCCGCAAUGUGCAACGAAGCCGUGCAUCAUGAUGGGUGGUAGCAAAAGGCGUAUAAAUAAUACCUGUAUAAGUUACUGGUUAAAGUUGAAGCAAAAAAAAAGAAAAGAAAGAAUUCCUCACACAUAUAGUUGCAACACGAUACAUUCAUGUGCAGAUAUGCCGUUAGCGAUAUAUAAAGAUACAAUACAAUACAUAUUUGAAAAUAAACGAUACACGAAAGGAUAUCGUACACAUGAUGGCUGUUUUUGGCGUUCAGUAGUCAGUAAAUCCGAACACCUCCAUGUGUGGGGGGAUAUAAAACAAACAAACAAGUUGUCCCGCUUUUUUAUUAUUAUUAUCUCUUCUCAGAAAUUCAUCCACACGAUAAUGAUGUAUUGGUUGCGCGAUGGAGUUAUUUAGUGUGUUUGUUGUAGGUUUAUGUUUUCUUAUUAAAAACAUACUGAUGUUAUAGAGAGAGAUGGACAAAAGGUGCAUUAUUAAGAACACGCGUGCAUGGUUCUUUUGUUUUGUCAUUGCCAAUGUGAAAUAUUAAUUCUCAAUAAAUUGUUUUGUUUUUGGCGCCUUUUCAUCAAAUUACGGGUGAACGUACUACUGCAAUUAUAACAUUUGGUCUUUUUGCAUUUGUUUCAUGUCUCCUUUUUAUGUUCGCUUUUUUGCUUCGUGUUCGAAAAACUCUGCUUGAGAACAGCAUGUUAAAAACUGUGCGAUGGUUUGAUAACGAUAGUUAAUUUUUUUUUUUCAUAUUAUUAUAUUGCUUUCUUACGAAAUUUAAUUGUGUGUUUUAAGGAAACUUACUAAGUAGGGGAACCUGGGGCGAAAUGGACACCUGCAUUCUUGGCAAAUUAACACGUUUAUAAAGAUACUUCUAAUAAUUGAAAAACAUCCAAUACAAUGUUUAAAGCCCACCAUGAACGUUUCAUAUCCUAAGAUUUUAAAAUAAUUGAAUAAAUUCGCAAAUAAAAUGUCA